UUAAGAAAUCUGGGUCAAUAUUAUUAAAGACAAAAUACUGAAAUGGAUAACAUCAAACCCAAUUCACUUUCAAUGGAGGGAAAUCUUGCCAUGAACUUUGAUAUUUUUCUCAAAGAUUUCAAUAUUUAUAUGGAGGCUACUGAAAAGAAUAAGAAAUCUCCAGCAUGUCAAAAGGCUAAUUUUCUUAACUAUAUCGGAAGCGAAGCGAGGCAGAAAUAUUAUACUUGGGAUAUUGCUUCUAAACCAGAAGCUUCUUUGGAGGAAGUUCAAAAACAAUUUAAAGAAUACUGCAAUCCAAAAAAGAAUGCAAUAUAUGAGCGUAUAAAAUUUUAUAAGAGAAUUCAAAAACCUGGUGAACCAUUCGAUAAUUUUCUGAAAGAUUUAAGAGUGUUAUCUGAUGGUUGUGAUUUCAAUUCCGAAAAAGAUAAUAUGGUGCGAGAUUUUAUUAUACUGGGAAUUAAUAUUAAGGAUCUUGGAGACAAAUUAAUGAACACGAUAAAUUUAUCUCUUGAAUCAACCAUAAACACAUGUCGAGUUGCAGAGUUAGAAGUAACUAGAAUAAAAGAAGUUCAUGAAGUCUAUCCAACAGAAGUUUCAAUGAUUAAC